AUGUCAGCUCUCAAUGACACCAAAUUCAACUCUGCAGUGUUCCUGCUCACCGGGAUACCUGGGCUGGAAGGCGUCCAUCUCUGGAUCUCUAUCCCCUUCUGCUUAACAUAUUCUAUAUCAAUAAUAGGAAAUUCAAUCAUUCUGUUCAUUAUAGAAAAAGAUUCAAGCCUCCAUAAGCCCAUGUACAUUUUCCUUUCCAUGUUGGCCAUUACAGACUUUGGCUUAUCGAUAUCCACCAUACCGACGAUACUGGGCAUAUACUUGUUUAACUUUUGGGAGAUCAGCUUUGAAACAUGUUUUGCUCAGCUGUUCUUCAUCCACUCGCUUCAAUUCAUUGAAUCCUCUUUGCUCUUGUUGAUGGCCUUUGACCGCUUUGUCGCGAUCUGUAACCCACUGAGAUAUUCUUCCAUCUUAACCCUGCCAAAAGUAGAAAAGAUGGGACUGCUAUUUGUGCUAAGAAGUUUGGCUGUAGUAUUCCCACUCCCAUUUCUACUGAAAAGGUGCCAAUACUGUCAAGCCAAUGUGCCCUCCCACUCCUACUGCCUGCACCAGGAGGUCAUGAAGAUGGCUUGUUCCAAUAUUGCAGUGAAGAGCAUCUACGGCUUGUUUAUUACACUAUUAACGAUGGGGUUGGACUCGCUGUUCAUAUUUCUCUCUUAUGUGCUGAUCCUCAAAACAGCACUGAGCGUUGCGUCCAAUGCAGAGCGCCUCAGGGCCCUGAACACCUGCGUCUCCCACCUCUGA